AGGCACGAGCACGAGCAUCGGUGCGAGACCCGGGUCGCACUCCACAUUUGGUAGUGCCCAUCACGCCGUCGGCUCCGGCCACCUCCCUCUUCAUCCCCUUCCUUCACCCCCGCCCGCUGCCGCAUUUAGAUACAACCCACCGUGCGCCCACACUGCACAGCACAGAGAAGCGGAGAGAGAGAGAGAGGCAUUAAGCUUUGCCGACACCACACUGCAUCCCUGCUCCCACAGCAGGGCGCCCCGGGCAAGCAUGGCAUCGCGCGCGGCUGCCCAGCGCGUGAGCUGGCGCUGAUGGAUAAAGCAGGGCAUUGGUGCCAUGGCGAUCGCCGUGGUCGUGUGAUAUCGUAGAGGAGCAAGCACUGCGGUCGGAAAGGGAUUUUUUUCCCCUGCCGAGGGAGAAGGGGGCGGAGAAGAGGGAGAGCAGGGCAGGGGGAGAGGUCGGGAAUGGCGGCGCCGGGCGCCGCUUCGGCCGGCGUCCUCUUCGUCCUCGCGCUUCUGGCGGCGGCCGCGCGAGCCGACACCGACGCCGGCGACGUCGCGGCCCUGGGGAUCCUCUACAGCUCCUGGAACAGCCCGGCGCAGCUCGCCGGCUGGUCCGCCGCCGGCGGCGACCCCUGCGGCGCCGCGUGGACGGGCGUCUCCUGCUCCGGCACCGCCGUCACCUCACUCAAGCUUUCUGGUAUGGAGCUGAAUGGUACUCUUGGUUACGAACUGUCCAGUCUACAGGCAUUGAAAACAAUGGAUUUAAGUGACAACUUCUUGCAUGAUGCAAUUCCUUACCAGUUGCCAUCAAACCUUACCUAUCUGAAUUUGGCGAAAAAUAACUUGUCUGGUAAUCUCCCGUACUCCAUAUCCACCUUGGUUUCACUUGAAUACCUCAAUCUCAGCCACAACUCGUUAUUUCAGGAAAUUGGCGAACUAUUUGGAAGCCUCAAUUCACUUUCAGAACUAGACAUAUCUUUCAACAACCUGACGGGCAAUCUUCCAAUUUCAAUGGGAUCUCUGUCAAAAGUUUCUAGCCUUUACAUGCAAAAUAAUCAACUAUCAGGCACAGUUGAUGUCCUCAGCAACCUAAGCCUUGCGACACUAAAUAUUGCAAACAACAAUUUCAGCGGCAUGAUACCACAAGAAUUCAGCUCAAUUCCAAAUUUGAUAGUUGGAGGAAACUCAUUUGUCAAUAUGCCUGCCUCCCCGCUGCCAGCUCUCACACCACCAAAGAAUCCACGGGAUCAGCCAAACCAUCCUCAAGGACCUGUUAGUGCUCCAACUGUCCUUGACACUCCUAUUGAUCAAGAUGACAAGAAGCUGCAAACAGGUCCUCUUGUAGGGAUAGCUGUUGGCUCAAUAGCUGUUGCCUCCUGCGUACUUUUCACGUUGGUAUUCUGCCUUUACAAGGCCCGGAAAAGAAAUGACGAUGGGAGUAGUGAACCAAAAGAUAUUGUAGGUUCUCUUGCAGUAAAUAUAGAUAGAGCAUCUAAUAGGGAAAUCCCGAUCCCGAACAACAGCCAUGAAAAUGUUGUGGUAGCAACUUCAGAUCUCCAAAAAAUGACUCCUGAGAGAGUUUAUGGUGCAAAUGGUUCUACUGCAAAAAAGGCAAAGGUUCCUGUGACGGCAACUUCAUAUACGGUUGCUGCUCUCCAAGUCGCUACGAAUAGCUUCUGUCAAGACUCCCUCCUAGGCGAGGGCUCGCUUGGUCGUGUUUACAAGGCCGAUUUUCCCAACGGGAAGGUACUUGCUGUCAAGAAGAUAGACAGUGCCUCACUGUCUCUGUAUGAAGAAGAAAAUUUCCUCGAGGCCAUCUCCAACAUUUCACGGCUCAGGCAUCCAAACGUCGUGCCUCUCACAGGCUACUGCAUUGAACACGGGCAAAGGCUCCUUGUGUACGAGUACAUUGGAAAUGGCACGCUUCAUGACAUACUGCACUUCUCUGACGGCAUGAGCAAGAAACUCACAUGGAACACCCGCGUGAGGAUAGCACUGGGCGCCGCCCGCGCUCUAGAGUACCUGCACGAGGUGUGCGUGCCCCCUGUCGUGCACAGGAGCUUCAAAUCGUCUAACAUCCUGCUCGAUGAGGAGUACAGCCCGCACCUGUCUGACUGCGGGCUUGCUGCUCUCUCACCAAAUCCUGAGAGGGAGGUUUCAGCUGAGAUGGUUGGCUCGUUCGGGUACAGCGCCCCCGAGUUCGCCAUGUCAGGAACGUACACCACCAAGAGCGACGUGUACAGCUUCGGAGUGGUGAUGCUGGAGCUGCUGACCGGCCGCAAGCCGCUGGAUAGCUCCAGGGAGAGGUCCGAGCAGUCCCUUGUCCGGUGGGCGACCCCGCAGCUCCACGACAUCGACCUGCUCGCCAGGAUGGUGGAUCCGGCCAUGGACGGGCUCUACCCUGCGAAAUCGCUCUCCCGCUUCGCCGACAUCAUCGCGAUCUGCGUCCAGUCGGAGCCGGAGUUCCGGCCGCCCAUGUCCGAGGUGGUGCAGCAACUGGUGCGGCUGAUGCAGCGGGCCAGCAUCAUUCGGCGGCAAUCCGACGAUCUCGGGUACUCGUACAGGGUGCCCGAUCGCGAGGGGGGCGCAGGCGACGCCUUCUGAAGACUGAAGGACUGAGAUGAGAACAAAGAAUCGGGACAAAGAAAGGCAUCAAGUGCUGAUCCUUCAGGUUUUUAUUUUUUGUUUGUGUCCUGUACUUGUGCUCUGUUAAUGUGUUUGUACAGUGUUUGCGAUCAGGUCGAUUGGGAGAGGGACGUGCAUGUAUAGUGUGCGCUCUUGCAAGUGGUGAUUACAGUGUGUAUAACCAUACGCUAUUUUACACAUUAGGUGCCACAGUUUAUUCUACACCAAUAUCAAAAAAAAGAACAGAGUUACUUUUGGUGUAAAA